AUGAACUUCGGACGACUUUUCACCCUGUUCUGCUACACGCCACCCUCAAACAUCAUGGAUGUAAUAGAUUGGUUGAAGAGCAAGGUGAAGGGGAAAAAUGCGCAGGAGCAUAACGAAGUUUUGUCUCUUUUCAAGGCAGCGUUUCCGCCAGCUGUAGCUGUCGGAUGUGCCACUAUUGCAUGUGCCAACAAUCCCUUGAACUGGGACCUGAAAGGCCUGCCUCAAGCCCUGACAGCAUCCGACUCUGCCUUGGAGUCUGUUUCUGAUGAUUCAUCGACCGGUGAUGCAUACGGUCUGUGGGCACGAGCAUUCGAACUGGCCGAAAAGCAAGAAGAAGUAUUGAUGAAAGAUUACCAAGCACAUCUCCGUUCACUGACUGGGGUCUCGAAAAGCGGCGUUUCGUUUGUGCGCCCUCCGUUGGUCGAAGAAGCCGUCAAGGUACUUGCAGAAGAGCGAGAAAAGAAACAGUGGAGAGUUCAAGUCGGCGGCUGCGAUGUCAAAAUCCGGGAGCAGGUAGACAGGUUGAGACGGUUCAUUGCUUGGUCCGACCAGAUUGUCAGCCCUGCGCUCUACACACAGCCUUUUGCACAGCUGGCAUGGUCUAGUGUUACGAUCCUUCUUCCUCUGCUGAAGAACGCCACCGGCCAGCAUGAGGUCAUGCUGGGAGGUUUCAACACGACCUGCAGCAUCCAGGCGUACUGGAAACUAUGUGAGGACGUCUAUUUGAGUCGUGAGAGCAUCCAAAACUACACAGAGUUCAGCGAGAACUUGGCCAAGCUCUAUUCCUGCAUCGUCCUAUACCAAGCUCGAGUUAUUUGCCACCUCUCCAGAGCUCAGCUCUCCCGUUGUUGGAAACACGUGACGGGCCAAAGUGUCUGGGAAAAGAGUAAAAUGGAGCUUGAAAGCCUUAAUGUGACCUGCCGCGGAUUCAUCGACCCUAUCCGAGAGCGGGUGGUCAGUGACCGUUGGGACAAAGCGCUAAAAACAAUGCGGGAAUCCCAGGCAUAUCUAAGCAAACUCACGUCCAUUACCGAGGAAGGCCAUAAACAGAUGCAGAGAAACUAUGAACAGCAGAAUGAGAAGCUUCUUCUCCAGGACCUUGCUGCAGCUUUCACAGACCGGUCCCUUGAUAAGCAGUGGUCACCAGACAAAGGGUCGGGCCUGAAGUCAUAUAAAAACAUUAACCCAAAGAGGGUGCCAGGCACCUGUGAAUGGUUCUUCCAUGAUAGACGGUUCUGCACGUGGCGAGACUCGGAUUCAUCCAGGCUACUGUGGGUAUCUGCCGGACCUGGGUGUGGAAAAUCAGUGCUGUCACGGGCUCUUAUUGACGAGAAGCGGCUAUCCACAGACCCGACAGCAACGAUCUGCCACUUUUUCUUCAAAGACGGAGAUGGACGGCGUAUGUAUGCAACCAAUGCACUCUGCGCACUGCUUCACCAAAUUUUCACUCAGGACCAGAGCGGCAGGCUCAUUGAUACUGCCGUUGCCAAGCAUGAGAAGCAGGGAAGUGCCGUGGUCAACGAUUUCUAUGAGCUUUGGGACAUCCUGGAAACCUGCGUGGAGUCGCCCUAUGCUGGGAACAUCAUCUGUCUUAUCGAUGCUCUGGACGAGUGUUCAAAAACAAGCAGAAAAUUGCUGAUCGAAAAGCUGCGAGAUUAUUACAAAGCCGUUGAUGGAACAAAGAGUUCCAGCAAGCUCAAAUUUAUCAUAACUAGUCGCCCCUACAGCCGCAUACACGAGUCGUUUUCUACCUUUGGGGAUACCGCCGGCUUCGUUCACUUUGACGGAGACGGAAAGUUUCGGAACAUCAGCGAAGAGGUCAACCUGGUCAUCGACUACAAAAUGAACGACAUUGCGAACCGUCUCUCCGCACAAGACUGCAAAGACAUCACGGCUAAAUUGAAGAGUAUAGAGAACCGCACAUAUCUUUGGCUGAAGAUCAUAUUUGACACCAUCGAGGACGAUCCCGCAGAGUAUAACAGACGAUGCGACGUGGACGAGCUGUUGUCCAGCAUACCAAACGAUGUCUUCGAUGCGUAUGAUAGCAUCUUGAGUCAAACGCUAAACAAGCGCCGCGCGCAAAAACUUCUCCAGCUUCUUCUUGCAGCCAAGAGGCCUCUUCGUCUCGAUGAAGCAAGCGUUGCACUUACUGUCCAGGAUGGGAGUCUCCCGAAAAUGUGGGAGCCAGGCCAAUUUGAAUCUGUGGUGAAAGAUCUCUGUGGAUUCAUCAGCAUCCAAGACGACAAAUUGUCGUUCAUACACCAGACAGCGCGGGAGUUUCUCAUACACAAGGACAAACGGGGAGGCUGGCAGGGCCACUUCGGUCUGAAAGAGUCGCACAGGAUCAUGUUCCAAGCGUGUUCCGACUACUUACUGUUGCCAGAGAUUGACACGCCAAGGAAACGGAUUGACCCGUUUCUGUCUUAUGCUGGUGUAUACUGGCCUCUGCACUACAAGUCACAGGAAGCAUCUCUGGUUUACAGCAACCGAGAGACAGCAGCGAGACUUUGUCAAUCUUUGAGAGUAGCUGCGGAAAAGGGCCACGAAGAAGUCGUCCGUAUACUGCUUGAUCACGGCGCCGACAUUCACACAAUGAACGGCCGUCAUGCGCAGAUAAUGGCGGCGAGGGGAGGUCAUGUCGGCGUACUCCGUUUACUGCUCGAGAGCGGUGCUGACGUGAACGCAAGAGAUCCUUCUGGAAAAACAGCAUCACACAUCGCAUCAUUGCGCGGCUAUGAAAAGGUUUUGCGCUUGUUGAUUAACAACGGCGCUGAUCUGUUCGCUGAAGAUCACGGUGGGAGAACAUCAUUAUACCUCGCAUCAAGCCGUGGCCAUAAAGAGAUCGCCCGCAUGCUUGUUAGCAACGGCGCCGAUGUGAACGCAACGAAUCACGAAGGGCAAACGGCAUUGCACUGCGCAUCCAAGGAAGGCCUUGAAGAGAUCGUCCGAUUGCUGAUCGACAGCGGCGCCGACGUGAAUGCAAAAGCAGGUCUUAAAACAGCACUAUGUCUCGCAUCAAGCAGCGGUCAUGCAGAGGUUGUCCGCAUGUUGGUCAGUAAUGGCGCUGAUGUCAAUGCAGAUGAUGCAAGUGCAAAAACAGCAUUGCACUGCGCAUCAGAGGAAGGUCACGAAGAGAUCGUCGGCAUAUUGAUUCGCAACGGCGCCGACGUAAAUGCGAACUAUUUUGGGAUGACACCGUUAGAGUUUGCUACAGGCCAUAAAGGUGUUGCAACUAUCCUAAAGGAAGCGGGUGGGAUAAUCCUGUAG